AUGGGGAAUCUACCGUUAUUAAAAGGUGCCGGAUUACGUGCUGCAAUCGUGGGCGUGUGCGGAUGGUGUUUCUGUCUUCUGGGGUAUGAUCAAGGUGUUCUGGGCAGUCUCAUCGGUUUGCCCGCAUUUCUAAGUGCACUUGGAAACCCAACUGCUGCCAUCCAGGGAUUGGUCACUGCAAUCUACAGCAUUGGAUGCGUGCUUGGAUGCAUAGUGGCUGCCUUCUUCGGCCUUCGUCUCGGAAGACGCUGGUGUAUUAUGGGCGGUUGCGUGUUUGUCUCUAUAGGCGGAGCUGGUCAGGCGGCCGUCUACUCUUUAGCACAGAUGAUUGUUUUCCGAAUUAUUGCUGGUAUAGGUACUGGUAUGAUAUCUUCAACUGUACCUGUGUGGAUCUCGGAGAUCUGCGGUCCAAAAAAGCGUGGUCAGAAGACCGCAUUGCAGCUUACACUCGUUCUGACGGGAAAUGUGAUUGCCUACUGGCUAGAGUAUGGGACUACUCAACUUCCGGGUGAUGUGUCGUUCCGCUUCCCAAUAGCUUUCCAGUGCCUUUUCCCUCUAGUUGCAUUUAUCAUCUUACUGGGAUUGCCUGAGUCACCCCGCAUUCUCUACUACUGGAAUCAAGGAGAGGCUGCAGAUGAAGUGCUGAGCAGGCUCCAUGGAUAUGAUAGUUUUCUUGAGUCUAGUCCUGUCGUUUCUUAUGAGAAGCAACAGAUUCUUGAAAGCAUCGAACUGGAGAACAGCCUCAAGGAUGGUUCUUCUAUCACAUGGAGAGACGUAUUCUGGGAUAACUCGCCAAUCCGCAAUAGCAGGCGCCUUUUCAUCGUCGUUGUCCUCCAGGGCUUACAGCAGCUUGGCGGUUGCAAUGUCAUAGCAUACUAUCAAACAACUUUGUUCACUGAAUCUAUUGGAUUAGAUGAUCAUAGAGCAAGACUGUUAGCCGGCUGCUCCGCCCUUUGCUUCUGGACCGGAACACUUCCGGCUAUCUAUCUCAUUGAAAAAAUUGGGAGGCGCCAGUUGAUGUUAUGGGGUGCUGGUGGUUGUACAGUCGCCAUGCUUGCAUUCACAAUACUAUUAGCACUUGGCACUGACCAUGCAGGCCAGGGAUGGGGAGCAGUGGCCAUGAUCUUCCUAUUUGAAUUUAUUUAUGGCAGCUCUUGGGCAAGCACAGUUUGGAUAUACAGUGCAGAAAUUAGUCCCCUACGCUUCCGGCAUUUCAACAGUGGCAUGGGUGUAUUGUCGCAGUGGGCUAUGACAUUUCUAACUGUGAUGAUGGCACCUCCUGCUAUUGCCAGUAUCGGUUGGAAGACGUACAUCCUUUUCGUAGUUUUCACGUCGCUGCAAAUUCCAUUCGUUUACUUCCUAUGUCCAGAAACGGCCGGUCGGACGCUUGAAGAGCUUGACCAAGUAUUCAUGAAAUCGGCACCUCCGGAUGUUUUGCAUGGAGUCUGUUCCCCGAGCGCUGGCCCCAUAGAAAAGGGAAAGGCCAAUAAAGUCAAAUUAGAUGAGUUGUCCGCGACGUGCCGAUAG